AUGGAGCCCGCGGAUGUCAAUGUGGUUACGGAGCCCGCGGAUGGCGAAGUGGCUACGGAGCCUGCAGAUGGCGAAGUGGCUACGGAGCCCGCAGAUAGCGAAGUGGCUACGGAGCCCGCGGAUGGCGAAGUGGCUACGGAGCCCGCAGAUGCUGAAGUGGCUACGGAGCCCGCAGAUGGAGAAGUGGCUACGGAGCCCGCGGAUGGUGAAGUGGCUACGGAGCCCGCAGAUGGCGAAGUGGCUACGGAGCCCGCAGAUGGCGAAGUGGCUACGGAGCCUGCAGAUGCUGGAGUGGUUACGGGGCCCGCAGAUGCUGAAGUAGCCACAGAGCCUGCAGAUGCUGAAGUAGUCACGGACCCCGAUGUUGGUGUAGUUACGGGGUUUGCAGAUGUUGGUGUGGUUACGGGGCUUGCAGAUGUUGGUGUAGUUACGGGGCUUGCAGAUGUUGGUGUAGUUACGGGGCUUGCAGAUGCUGGUGUAGUUACUGAGGCCGCAGAUGUUGGUGUAGUUACGGGGCCCGCAGAUGCUGAAGUAGUCACGGAGCCCACAGAUGAUGAAGUUGUCACGGAGCCGACAAAUGGUGAUGUGGCUAAGGACCCCGCUGAUGGAGAAGUAGUUAUGGAGACCGCAGAUGGUGAUGUCGCUACGGGGCCCGGAGAGGUUGGGGAAAUGGUCGUUGUGGCAUCAGUUGUUUGA